UUUUUUCUUCCUGUGGGGAGCGUGUGUUAAGGAAGGAAAGAAAAACAAACUCGGUGCGAGUUUGUGUUCAAAAAGCAGGUAUCACGGAUUGUGGGUCGUGCAGCGGGUGUCGCGCACGGUGACACCUCAAGACAGGCCUCCAGUCACAGACAUGGUUGCAGUCCGCUGACCUGGAGCAUCGAUGACUGGCUUGCCGCGAUGCUGUUACCAGGACGCGCACCCCCCCGGGGUCCCAGUAUGAUCUAUGCCAGGCUCUGAGGAAGGCGUGUGUGCAGCGCGAUGCUGUGAUUGCUCGAGCGCUGCUACCUACAUGCAAAUCUGGGUUCAGUGACAGAAAAUCAGAAAACUGAGGUGACUGAGGGUCAGCCUGCAGAAGUUCUUGGUGGUGUGGGAGACACAGUCAUGGAAGAUAAGCCAUCCACAGCACGCAGGGUCCCCAUCAUUGAAUGGGAGCACCUUGACAAGAGACGCUUUUAUGUGUUGGGAGUGUGUAUGACAAUGUUAAUUAGAGUCAGUGUCUACCCAUUUACGUUAAUCCGGACAAGACUACAGGUACAGCGAGGAACUGCUCUUUAUGGUGGGACGUUUGAUGCAUUUGUUAAAAUUCUACGUCAGGAAGGACCAGCUGGACUCUACAGAGGUUUUAUGGUUAACAGUUUUACUCUUGUGUCUGGCCAGUGCUAUGUCACAACAUACGAGCUUACCAGGAACUAUGUGUCUCGGUACACUGGAAACAACUCUAUUAAAUCACUAGUGGCAGGGGGUAGUGCAUCCUUGGUAGCUCAGAGCAUUACUGUGCCCUUCGAUAUUGUUUCCCAGCACCUAAUGAUGCAAGGCCAGAGGGGAGGAUGCAUUGGUCGCUUUAGAGUGAAGUUAUCAGAGGAAGCUGGAAGUCAGAAGUUUCAUCUGGGGCAGACACGUGACAUUGUUGUGCAGAUUUUCCGUGCUGAUGGAUUUCGUGGAUUCUACCGGGGGUACUUGGCUUCCCUGCUUACCUAUAUCCCCAAUAGUGCUAUCUGGUGGCCAUUCUACCAUUUCUACACAGAGCAUCUUUCUCGUUUGGCCCCUCCUGACUGCCCACAUCUUCUGCUUCAGGCUGUCUCUGGACCCUUGGCUGCAGCUACUGCAUCUACACUGACCAACCCAAUGGAUGUGGUUCGAGCUCGUGUGCAGGUAGAAGGAAAAAGCUCAAUUUUACGGACAUUAAAGCAACUCCUGUGUGAAGAAGGAGCGUGGGGUCUGACUAAGGGAUUAUCAGCACGAAUCAUUUCGGUCAUUCCUACCAACAUGGCUGUGGUUAUUGGAUACGAGACUUUGAAAAAACUGAGCCUACGGCCUGAGCUUCUUGACACCCGGCAUUGGUAGCCAAGUACAAUGCUUGCUAUUAAAAUAACUCUUUUUACAGUUCCAUCCCAAUUGGUAAUUUGGACCUGUCUGUCAGUGUUGCAAAUGAUACAGUUGGACAUGUAGCCAGGCCUACAGUAGAGUACUCUUGAUUUGUCAGUGGUGUGAGUGUCUCCAGUCAACCUAGAACAGCAGUAAAUAAUACUGUUAACAUUGUAUUGAAUAUCGGAUAAAGAUGGUUUAUUUUGCCAGUUUUUUUUUUUCCUUACGAAGACAGUAUGCAAAGAUAAAAUAGCUGAGAAAUACUGCCAUUGUACAGGUGCUACAGUAUGUUUUUUUCCGAAGUCCAUUGCAUUUUCCUAAUAUUUAUGAGAAAGGAUGGGGUGGGAUUGAUAUCCUUAUUUUUCUCUCUUCUCCUUUUUGGAUGCAAGAGCCCUUGCUCCUCACAACCCAUUUUUUUGUUAAAAUAGUUGGCCUUUGAUGAUGAGAAUUCAACAUUUUUGAGGCAUUGAUGACCAUCUUGUUGCCCUUUCUUUUCUCAACUUGGACAAGUGGAAAUGGGUCAUUUGCACAUCUUUCUCCAUUCAAUAGGACCUGAUUUUUACCUCAAGUGUUUUUGCAUGCAUGUAUUGUCCUCUUUUUACUGACACUUCAUCAAGAGGUUAUCAUGCCUCCAGACAUGAUCAUUCUCUGUGUUUAAAGUCCUGUUUAGUGUUAUUGAAACUGCUGGACUAAUGGGCUGUUAUUUUGUUUGGAGAUGGUGUGGCAAAAAAGUACACUGAGCACACAAAUGCUAUUAUAUUUGGAUUUAAUUAUGUAUUGUAAAGAGGCAUUGUGAAGUCAUUAUUUGUUCCUGAUCUGAAUGAUGAAAACUUUUUACCAUGGACAGUAGGAAGGAUGGAGCUAUUUGCUACAUUAAAUAGAGAACAAGGUUCAUUUUGGUAGGGAUACAAACUAUUUCACUAUUCUGAGAAAGAAACCAUUAUUAGUCUUGGAGUUUAUUAAUAACAUCAGCAAUCAGUGCUGAAAAUGUGAAUGUGUGUAGAAUGUAACCUGCUUUUAUUUGUGUGUAACAUUUUAGGUGAAGAUAUCAAGGACAGAUGCCACAUUGAACUUGUCUUAAAGUCAGAGAACUAGAGCUUCUUGUGAAUAUUUAACUCUUCACAAAGGACUUUAGUUCAAAUUACAAAUCAACAUCUUGGGUUUUUAUUAGCAAGAAGAGAGAAGUAUCUUUGCUGUACAGGUCAUUUAACUACCUUGUUUUUAUUUUAUUUUGUGCUCUUUUACCUGUUAGUCAGCCCAUCUCAGCCAGAUAAUUUGGCUGAUAUCAAUGAUAUCAAUCAAAACUUUUUCUUCAUACUUGAGUAUGCCACUGUUUCCUGCAUGUUGUCAUCUUUUCUUGUUUUUAGACAAACAGAUUAAAUAUGUUUUGUUUUUUCUUAUUACAUUUUCUUUAUGGUGUAAUUUUUUUAUUAUUUUGGAGGAUGAAGCUCUAAACUCAUUUAUAUGAAAAGAGACCUGUUUCAUGCAAAUUCUUUUGUGCUUUGUUUCUUGCCUGUCUUGAAAUUUAGUACUGCGCUUGAAUCAUAAUUAAUUUUAUUAUGACUUUUAUACAUUUGCAUUUCAGUUACAUUUUAUAAGCAAAGUCUUUUUCUUAGAAAACCAUUUUUACAGCAUUUUCAAACCUUACUGAACUUAUUCAGCAAAUUCAACAAUUCUUUGGUCCAAAUCACCUUUAGAUGCUUAUCCUUUCUCAUCUUUCUCCAGUUUUUUUUUUGUUGUUGUUUGUUCAAAACAGCUAUAUGAGCACACAAGGCAAAAAAUGUGAUAGGCCUGGUGAAUAUUAAUUUAUGAUUUCAUUGCAUGUUGAAUGUCUUGUAAAUGAAGGCAGACUCAUUCAAAGUGCUAUAAGCCAGACUAUGUCCUGGAAACCAGGACACCAUAUUUUUCUUUGUGUUUGUAGACGUUGCCCUUCGUUUUAAGUGUCAGAGGGAGAAAUGGGAAAGCACCAAACUUGUUUUGUGUUGAAAUGCUCAACCAUUGUAUUGUGCUUACAGCGAAAUGUACUUUACAGUGUAUUUGUCAUUACUGAGCCUUUUGGACCACCAGCAGAUAGUUUUAAUGUAUGUACAUUUUGUCUUUGCCAUCUCUAUAUUAUAUGAUUAUGGUUAUUUGAAUGUCGCCUUUUAUGCACCCAUGAAACCAGUAAUACUGUAUAUUAAAUUCAACAGAGUUAAAGCCAUGGCAAGUCUUUUUAACAAUAGCAGCCGUUGGACUUCUGCAUAUUUCCAACUUACGGUACAAAGACUAGGGUGCUCCUUUUUUAAACUUUGUUUUGUGGAUUGUUGAUUCAGUCAGUUCAAAAUUGUGUGUUGUCCAGCUCUUAACUGGCACUCUUCAUAUUUUUUUCAACUUGUUACUUUUAAAAAUGUUAGUGAUGUAAAUCUAAAAUAAAAUUGUUUUAAUUAUGAUGCUUCACCCAUAGAGGAUCUGCCCUUAUGCUAUCAAGAUGCCCAUUAUGCUUAUAUGAGUUUGUAUGUCAUUUUAAAUUGCAGAUGCAUUAAAAUGGCACAUUUUGGACAUUAAGAUAAUAAAAUUGUAUCCUCUCCAGCUGAAAAUAUAUCCACUGGACACAAUAGGUUGGAACUUCCUAUUCAAGUGCAUAUGUUGUAAUUCAAACAUUCAAAAGAAACAAACUUUUGAAAAUUCAGUUUAGCUAUCAGGUGGGUCUAAAUGUCCACUAGGAUACGGGGUUAAUGCUUGUGUUUAUUUUAAAUUCACGAUAGGUUUUAAAAUGGCAUUACCUAUGGUUAUGUCUUUGCUGAGAUUUCACUGAAUUUUUGUGCUUUUUUUUUCCGGUUAGAUGUAAUUUUUUCAAAUUAGUGAUAUUUUAAAUAUAUUUUGAAACACUGGUUAUUGUCAUUGUCAAAGUAUUUUUGAAUUGAGAUUAACAGUUUUCCAAAGUUGCUGUUUAGUGAGCUGCUGUUGCAGGUACACUUAUCCUUGUUUUUCAUUGAACAUAACAUAGUGUUCAAGAAAUACUUGUUAUCAGAAUGAUUUUAGUUAUUUUUUUUAUUGCAAGUUUUUGGAAAACAACUGUAAAUUUACUAUUAUAAGUGAAAGCUAAAAUGCAGUAUAAUAUGAUGUAAUAUGUUUCAAAAAUUAAAGUAAAUAAGAGUUUAACCUUAACACUUGUCGUCAUUGCAAGUAACAAAAUUCAUAUGUCAUGUACAGACAAAUGUGAAUAAUUUCUGUUACAUACUUUAUGUAUUUUACAGUGGAUUCAGAAAGUAGUUGUACUCCUCACUUUUUUCACAUUUAACUGUGUUGAAACCUUAUGUUAAAAUCCAUCCAUCCAUCCAUUUUCCAACCCGCUGAAUCCGAACACAGGGUCACGGGGGUCUGCUGGAGCCAAUCCCAGCCAACACAGGGCACAAGGCAGGAACCAAUCCUGGGCAGGGUGCCAACCCACUGCAGGACACACACAAACACACCCACACACCAAGCACACACUAGGGCCAAUUUAGUAUCGCCAAUCCACCUAACCUGCAUGUCUUUGGACUGUGGGAGGAAACCGGAGCGCCCGGAGGAAACCCACGCAGACACGGGGAGAACAUGCAAACUCCACACAGGGAGGACCCGGGAAGCGAACCCAGGUCCCCAGAUCUCCCAACUGCGAGGCAGCAGCGCUACCCACUGCGCCACCGUGCCGCCCUAUGUUAAAAUCAUUUAAGUUAAUUUUUUCCCCACAUCAGGCAACACUUAAUACCCCAGAAUUACAAAGCAAAAAACAGGAUUUUAGAAAUUUUUGCAAAUGUGUCAAUGUGAUUUCUGUUUUAUAUUUUUGCUACAAGUUUUUCUGACCCUUUUCUCAGUACUUAGUUGAAGCACCUUUGCCAGCAAUUACAGCCUGGAGUCUCCUUCGGUACGACAUGACAAGCUUCAAACACCUGGAUUCGGGGACAUUUAGCCAUUUUUCUCUGCAGAUCAUCCCAAGCCCCUUCAGGAUGAAUAAAGAAACAUUUUAAAGAGGUACUUGAGGAAGCCUAUUUGAAGGAGUGUAUGCCUGUAUCUUAAAUCAGGAAAAAGUGAGUAGCAAUAUAAAAAAAAAAAAAAAAAAAUGACACCCAAAUUAUACAAAUGAGAGGGUUCAGUUGUAUAUCAAAUAACUUGUUAGUGGUAGCACAUCUAUCAUUAAUGCAGUAAUGUUAUGUAGGAAAAAGUAGUAAUAGAAAUAAUAUGCCCAUUAUUUAUUUUACACUUUGCACAUGUCAACUACAGACUUGCAAAGUGAUUAAAGAUUUUCUAAUCAUUGAUAUUUCUUGCAAAUUAAAUGUAUUUAGAUUUGAAAUCUCUUUGUGAAAAUAUACAUUGCUACCCAUAGAAUUAAAGCAUUUUUGGAAUUAAAUUUUGGAUGUGGGGGAGGGAGUGUAAUUUAUUUGCAAAUAUUUGUGCAGUUGUAUGUUUUCAAGUCAAUAUCUAUUAAAAUAUAUGGUGUAUGUAUAUGCUACUAGACAGUGAGCUUUCCUAAACCUUUGCUAGACCUUUCCUUGAAAAGUGGUACAAGUAAGAAUUUACUAACUCUCAAUACAUUUGAAACUCCUUUACUUUUCCCAAGCUCUAAUUCUUUAACGGAAAGUCUUGUGCAUAGGUGGCGUAUACCACAUUCUAACUACUACAGCAGGUGCAAGCUUGUUUUUCAUCCUGCAUAUAAACAGGGAAAAAUGUACACUAUAAAUCAGUGCAUAACAUCAUCUGUAAGUAGUGUACCUCUAUUUUUAUAGGCUUUGAUAGGGUAUAUUUAAACAUAUAAUAUGCAGAGGGUGGGUAGUUGUAUCCUCCAGAGCUUCUCUGACUGCCUGUUGGUGUGUUUGAAUGGUUGGCUUAUCGAAUUAUUAAUCAUCAAAUCAUGUUUUAUUAUCACUUAGUCCUCCUUAGGAUUGUGUGGACUAAAGACUUUCCCAUAGUAAUCACAAUAGCAAACCUUUGAAACCAAUGUAUUGAUGGAUGUGGACAUUGCAAAUGCUUGAAACAUCCAGUAAUUUUGCGCUCAGUUCAGUUUGAAUAUUUGGGUAUUUUUUGUUAAUGGCCAUUGUGUAUGGAAAUUUUGGUUUGUACUAGCACUUUGCACUACAUUUUUUAAUUUGUAACAAGUGUAAGAAGGCAUUGUUUGACAAUAUAGAAAGUCCACAUACUUAAUGAGUUAGCUGGCAUAUUCUUUCUUUUCCCCAAGGUUUGCAGAUGGUGUGUUAAACUUUUAUGUUUACUUUUGUAAGACUGCAUUCCACAGCAUUUAUACUGUCGAUGCCAUAAAAUCUGCGCAAGAUAAGGCUGCCAUAAAAUUAGCACCAGGAAAAAUUGGAUUGCAUUUUAUUUCAUCCCUCCAUUGGUAAACCCGGUUAAUCCAGUUAAAGAUAUCCCAAGGAACAAAAUGGGGACACUUUCAAACUAGGAUGUAGUGACGUACCAGUUAUUAACUAGUUUCUCUUGUCAUGAAGACCACAAAACUGAUGUGAAGCAUUUCACUAUGUAUUGUAUUGUGUAAUUUCUAAUGUGACAAAUAAAAUUCUAUGUGUUGUUUUCAAAUA